AUGAAAAGAAAUCAAAUUUUAUGGUUUAUAUUCCCUUAUCUGUCUAUUUAUGGAUUUUCAGUAUAUGAUGAUAUUUUAAGUCGCCCGCGUUAUCAAGUCAAGUUUAAAGAUAUACCUAUUUCAGCACAAAUAGCAAAUGAUCGGCUUUUAUAUGAUAGUAAUACACACAAUCAAAGUAUAGAUCAUGAAAUAUUAAAGUUAAAUAAUGAAAAAUAUUUUUGUACUACACCUAAAGUUGAGCAUGAACCGAUAGAUAGUGAAGAAACGCCUGAUGCUAAGGCUAAAAAAGAAAAUGAGACAAAAAAAGCUCUUGAAAACGGCUUAAAACUUAUUUCUCCCUUAGAGAAUAGCUGUAUAUAUUAUUUAGAAGGAUGGUGGACGUAUGUCUUGUGCUAUAAUAAAUAUGCAAAACAAUUUCACCCAUUGGAUUGGGAUGGUUCUCAAAAAAGUCUUCGUAUAUUGGAAAAUCAAAGUGAAAUUUAUUACCUUCUGGGAAGGUUUAAUACAUCUAUAAAAGAAGGAAUAUCUACAUUUUCUUCCAAAAUAGAGUAUAAUGGAGAUUCGUAUUAUAUUAGUCAAAAAGUUGGCGGUGGUACAUAUUGUAAUUUUAUUCAAGAAAAUCGGCAUGUUGAAAUUCAGUAUAUGUGUGAGCCCGAUGCAUAUGAUAAAAUUGUUUUUGUUACAGAAAUUUCCGCAUGUUCUUAUAAAAUAGUAGUUCAUACUUCAAGAUUAUGCAAAGAACCUUUUUUUAAUCAACUAACUAGUAAGAAUGCGCACGUGAUUAAUUGUGAAAGAAUAUUGGAUGACGAUGAAUAUGUUAAAUGGAUGAAUGUCAUGUUUCCGAAAACAACUAAUUCUCAACAUUUAGGUUUUUUGCAUCCUGGUUCGCAUAAUCAUAUUUUUGUUCAAAAAAGUUCUUUGAAAAAAAUAAAUGUUCAAAAAUCUUCGUAUAUUUAUAAAAGUAAGGGAAAAGGCUUGCAUGGUAGGAAUAAUCGGAAGGAUGAACGUGUAACUAGAUCGUUAAAAGAGGGAAGUCAGGAAUAUUUGGUAUUAUUGAAUCAUCCUGAAGAAACCGAAAAACCAAAUAAUGGGGAAAACAAUGCAGGCACCAUUUUUGUCACUACGAUUUAUGAUUCUUCAACGUAUCGUGAUUUUCUAAACCAUAAAAAAAAACAUCAAUUAAAAAAAAUAAAAGAAAAUAUUCGGUUUUCAGAACAAAUGGAAAAAGAUGAAAAUAAAGAACAAAAAACUAGGGAUGAAUAA